CUUCCCAGCGACUCUCGCUUUCUGGACAGGAAAAGCUCCUCGGCGCAGCCAAUCGGCGCGCAGCUGCCAGCAUCUGGGAGCGCAAUGGACACCCUGGCCAGAGGCUGCCGCCGGGGGUGGCAGCAGUAGCAGCAUCUGCUAGCAAGCAAGCAAGCAAGCAAGCAAACAAGCAGCCAGCCAGCCUCGGGCAGCAGGGCUUCAUGGAGCUGACGAGGCCCCUGGGAUGAAGCUGGCCAGCGCACCAUGACAACAUGGGCCUCCAACAGGUCUGCCACUGAGAGGCUUGUUUGCCACAAUGCACCGUGUGGCCAGCGCCGGGAGGUUCCCGACUUUCCACGUUGCCCGUCGGCACUGAAUGCAAGUGGCGUGGUGGGUGCGAUGGAUUCUUUCGUCGUGGUGACGGAGUACGACGCUGGCACCAGCCCUGGCCGGGGGCAGCAGGAAGAGCUGGAGGAGGAGGAGCCCAUGGAGCCCUGCGAGGAAGAGCCGAUGCCGCCGGGUCCCGGAGGCCUUGUUGGAAAGGAUUUGCUAACCGGUGCUCCGGGAAACCCCUUGCGGGAGACGAAGGAGCCCCGGGUCAAACUGAACCUUUCCAGCCGGAAACUCUCUCUGCAGGAAAGGUCUCCGUCGCUCCAGUCCCCUGGCGGCAACGUGGGCAUGAACGGGCGCUACAUCUACCCUUCGCUUCCUUACUCCCCGGUGACCUCUCCGCAUUCCUCGCCUCGGCUGCCCCGGAGGCCGACGAUCGAAUCCCACAGAGUCUCUAUCACGGGCUUGCAGGACUGUGUGCAGCUAAACCAAUAUACGCUGAAAGAUGAAAUUGGGAAGGGCUCUUACGGGGUGGUGAAGCUGGCCUACAAUGAAAACGACAACACCUACUAUGCAAUGAAAGUGCUUUCCAAAAAGAAGCUGAUGAGGCAAGCAGGGUUUCCACGCCGCCCACCCCCUCGUGGUGCCAAACCCCCUCUGGAAGGCUUCUGCCAACCCAAAGGGCCCAUUGAGCAAGUCUACCAAGAGAUCGCCAUCUUGAAAAAACUCGACCACCCAAAUGUCGUGAAAUUGGUGGAGGUACUAGAUGAUCCCAGUGAAGACCAUCUGUACAUGGUGUUUGAACUUGUGAAAAAGGGGCCUGUGAUGGAAGUCCCACACCUGAAACCUCUUACUGAAGACCAGGCUCGCUUUUACUUUCAAGACUUGAUGAAAGGCAUUGAGUACCUGCACUAUCAAAAGAUCAUUCAUCGGGAUAUUAAGCCUUCCAACCUCUUAGUUGGAGAGGACGGCCACAUCAAAAUAGCCGAUUUUGGGGUGAGCAACGAGUUCAAAGGGACAGACGCCCUCUUAACGAACACAGUGGGCACCCCGGCAUUCAUGGCGCCAGAAACCCUCUCGGAAACCAGGAAAAUAUUUUCUGGAAAGGCAUUAGAUGUUUGGGCGAUGGGAAUCACACUCUACUGUUUUGUGUUUGGACAGUGCCCUUUCAUGGAUGAAAGGAUUCUGAGUUUACACAGCAAAAUCAAGAGUCAAAUGCUGGAAUUUCCUGACCAACCAGAUAUUUCUGAUGAACUGAAAGAUCUGAUAACACAGAUGCUGGACAAAAACCCUGAAUCCAGAAUCACCGUCCCGGAAAUUAAGGUGCAUGCCUGGGUCACCAAGAACGGUGUGGAACCUUUGCCGACGGAAGAUGAGAACUGCACCCUCGUCGAGGUGACUGAAGAAGAGGUUGAGAAUUCGGUGAAACACAUCCCGAGCUUGGCCACGGUGAUUCUGGUAAAAUCAAUGAUCAGGAAAAGAUCUUUUGGGAAUCCAUUUGAAGGGAGUAGAAGAGACGAGAGAUCCUUGUCUGCACCGGGAAAUCUGUUGACAAAAAACAAAUUGGGGAAUGUGAAAUAUUGCAUCAGUCAAAGCAGGAAGCAAAGCAGCGAAGACAACCUUAAGAGCAUCAUCGACUUGCCAAAUGUGAGCGAGGAUGAAUUGCUUUCCUGAAACUCAACUUCCUGGCUGGGACAUGCCGGCUGAUCCCAGCUUUCUCGCAAAGCAUGCAUCUGCAGAGGGCAGACGUGACAGCCCAGAACCAGCCUUUUGGAACGCUGGUAACCUUAGAGGUGCCGCAUGUGGAACGUUUCAACAGCAUGCUGUACAAAGCAGACUCCAUCCACUCAUCAAAUAAUCUCCAUCUCUAGAACGUUUCAGACAUCAAAAUAUGGGGACUAGGAGUAGGCUGCUACCAGACGUCAUCUUGGAUGGAGCAAUGUGACCACUCAUCACGAUUUCUGCAAGAUGCGAACGAGCGGUCAAAAAAGAAUUUUUUAAAAGGGAGUUUUGACAAUUGUUUCCAGGCCAAAUAUUUCAGAGACAGCGUUCCUUUUCCUUUUUAAGACUCGAGAAUGAGCAACUCAACAUGAAGCUUUCUGAGAAGUGGAAGAGGGCAAAGUGAAUUUGACAGCCUCAGUCACGUCUUCUCUUCUUUGGGGUGUUUUGAAUAAUUUUUUUGUAUGGACACUUUUUACUGCAUGAAAACAAAACAAAUAUGCCACAUCAGGAUUGUUUUUUUAAAAAAUCUGUGUGUAAUUCUCAGUUUCCUUUAAGAGCAGUUAGGCUUGAUUUCCUGGAGAUCCGUAGCUGAUUUUACUUGAAACCCAUCGUCAUGCCAGUGUGGCUUGUUUGAUUUUGAGUGUUCCAAUCGGGUGGUAUUUAAGUAUACAUUGAAAUCACACUUGGUUGGGUGAAAUUGGUGUUCUGUCCAGCUGAUGGAGUACUACCUAGAAUAUACUGCUAGUAACUAUACUUGAUCUGUGUAUGUACAAAGUUCAGGGGUUUUUUUGAAGAAAGAAAGAAAACCCAUCAUGUAAACCAACACUUCCUGCUAUGUGACAUAGUUUAAUACAUUUGAAAGAAUAACCUACAGCUUCUGCAGUUUUUGAAUAGGCUUCAAGGGGUGUUACCAAUAUAUAUAUAGAUUGCACUGUUAACAAAUAUUCAGAUCCCUGUAAAUCUAAGUAACUAUUUCCUAGUUUCUUAUCCUAAGACUUAUUUUCUUUUUUUAAUGGGACCAAGGUAUGUAUUCCUGCACAAUAGCUACUCCCUGAGGAAUCCUCUCCAAUGUAAGUUAUAAAAUGUUUUUUAAAAAACAAAAAUACCAAUAAGCUGGGAUCAGGAAAUGUAACCUGAAAUACUAGCCUCACAUCUUCUACUAUAUACCGCUUUUCAACAAAAGUUUCAAAAACAGUUUACAUAGAUAUAAAUAAAAUGGCUCCCUGUCCUCAACUGGAUCAAAACCUUGAAAAGAAACAUUAGACACCAGCAACAGCCACUGGAGGGAUGCUGUGCUGGGGGGUGGAUAGGGCCAGUUGCUCUCCCCCUGCUAAAUAAAGAGAAUCGCCACUUUGAAAAGGUGCCUCUUUUGUUUAGUUAGCAGGGUUACAUCUAUCCUUCUCCCUAAUAAUUCCUCUUUGCUCAAAGAUGACUAGAACUGCUUUGUAAUGUUAGUAAAACCAAGACUGGGAGAAAUCGUGGGAGCGAAAUCAGUUUAUUUGGGCUUGAAGUGGCUGAUGGCUUUUCUCCCAACAGCUUUCUUCUGAAAAAACUGCAGCUUUUAACUCCUGCUAACGGAGCAAAGAGGCCCAUUUUCAAAGUGGUGAUUCUCUUCUAUUGAGCAGGGGGAGAGCCACUUGAAGCCCAAAUAAAUCAAUUUAACUCCCCCAGUUUCUCCCAGUCCUGGUUUUACUAGCAUUGGAAAACAGUUCUAGUCAUCAGUCAUCUUUGAGCAAAAAGGGUAGAUGUAACCUUGCGGAGCUUUAGAAUAAUCAAGGUCAUAUGAAAAUGCCUACUCGACUUGAAGCAGCAGUGGGACCCUGAUUAUUUAUAUAACGUAGACAAGCAGGCUACUGGCUUCUUCUUAGCACCAACAUGCCAGAUCAGGACCAAACAUUGAUGCGGAGAAGCAAUUUUGGCACCGUCAGCUACAGAUUCCUUCCCCUGGGCAUUCUCUAAAGUCUCUUCACUUAAGUAUCUUCUUGAAGCAGAUGCUAUUUUUUUAAUUCAACCUGCCUUUUAGGGGUACAUUGGAGCAAAGAUGAAGUGCUGUGGGUUGCUUGUUGUAAUUAAGGGCUGCAUUAACUGCUACCCAGGGUAUAACUCAAUCAACUAAAUGGCGAGGGUUGGGACAGCAGGAAUUUGGACUCCAUUGUAAGAGAGAAUGCCUGGACCAUAUUUAAUUCUCUCUAUGGAAACCCUCUGGCUCUCUUGAUGUCAACACAACCAGGAAUGCUGGAUGCUAAAAGCUUGCUGAUAAAAUCAUUAAAGAGAAGAGCUGGUCUUGUGGUAGCAACAUGACUUGUCCCCUUAGCUAAGCAGGGUCUGCCCUGGUUGCAUAUGAAAGGGAGACUAGAAGUGUGAGCACUGGAAGAGAUUCCCCCUCAGGGGAUGGAGCUGCUCUGGAAAGAGCAUCUAGGUUCCAAGUUCCCUCCCUGGCAUCUCCAAGAUAGGGCUGAGAGAGAUUCCUGCCUGCAAUCUUGGAGAAGCCGCUGCCAGUCUGUGAAGACAAUACUGAGCUAGAUAGACCAAUGGACUGACUCAGUAUAUGGCAGCUUCCUAUGUUCCAGUCUAGUGGUGCUGCCAGAGCUCUGUAAAGCUGCUAGUUUUUAUAACACUGACAAGUGUCUGAGGCUUGUAUUUUAGCCCCCAUUCCUUUCUACUAUGCAGCCCACUUUUAUCAGGUGUUUAAAUAUGAUGCAUUUAUCAUUUGAGUUACCUUUAAAAAAAAAAAGACAGAACUGAAGGAGAAAUAGGCAGGUAUCUUUCCAGGGAGGCUUCAGUGUGGAAAAAAGAGAAAUAAAAAGUGAGGGGUAAUGAUAUCUGGGAUUUUGUGUUUUAUUGUUGAACAUGGUUGUUAACAGAGCACUCACUAUGUGAGGUGCAGGACACGGACCACCCCCUACUCCAAUGGGCUUUGAGGUGACCAAUUUCGGAAGGCAAAAUGAACUUCUCCCAAGAGGGAGCCUUGAUGUCACUGUUGAAAAAAGCCCCAUUCCCAGUAUCUCCCCCAACCCCCAAGCUUUACCAGGAUAUAAGUUGAACACUCAAAGUAGUUUCUCUUAAACUGUACAUGAUAAACACUAGGAUUUGGGUUUGUUUUUUUUUAACCUCUCAGAUCAUGGGGACUUUCAAUCAUGUAACUACCCCCUCUGUAACUUGAAGCAGUACCAAGUAUUUCACUACAGGUUCUACAGCCAGCUUCGUUGAUGCUGGGGUGAGUCAUGUUUUUUUGCAGGAAACUGAAUAUUCAGCCAAAGCUGCAUUCCAGCUUACCCACACAGUUGCGACACACAAGGCAGGCCGUACAAAACCCCGAUACAGUUUGUGAUUUUCUCUCUCUGCACUCUUCAUUUGAAAUAACAUUUUGGGCUCAUGUGCACAAGAGAAUAAAAAAUUCUAUUGAUGGA